CCCGGGGCGUCCACGCGGGGGCGGUCUCCGUGGUGGCCGGGCCUGGGGGCGCGGUAGGCCGAGAACUCCCCCAGGAGAGGUGGUGUGGGUGGAGCGGGCUCGGCGGCCACCGGACACGGGGCCAGUCUGGGUACCCCGCAGACCCCCGAGGGCUCAGAGCUGGGGCGGCGCCCCCGGGGGAGGCACAGGGCCAGCCUGGGGGGUAUCACCAGAUGACCGGGGUUCCCCGGAGCCACCUAGCGGCGAUGUGUGGGUGCCUCGUGGCCGGCCCCCUGCAGCGGCUGCAGAGGUGUGGAGACAUGAGGCUGAGCUGGGUCCUGACAGUACUGUCCAUCUGCCUGAGCGCCCUGGCCACAGCCGCCGGUGCCGAGGGCAAAAGGAAGCUGCAGAUCGGGGUCAAGAAGCGAGUAGAUCACUGUCCCAUCAAAUCGCGCAAGGGGGAUGUCCUGCACAUGCACUACACGGGGAAGCUGGAAGAUGGGACGGAGUUUGACAGCAGCCUGCCCCAGAACCAGCCCUUUGUCUUCUCCCUGGGCACGGGCCAGGUCAUCAAGGGCUGGGACCAGGGGCUGCUGGGGAUGUGUGAGGGGGAAAAGCGGAAGCUGGUGAUCCCAUCAGAGCUGGGGUACGGAGAGCGGGGAGCCCCCCCAAAGAUUCCAGGUGGUGCAACCCUGGUGUUCGAGGUGGAACUGCUCAAAAUCGAGCGACGUUCAGAACUGUAGCCAAGUUGGGGUGGGGCAGUGGAGAGGCCAUCAGGGACCAGAAUAAACAAAACAAAACAAAAAAACAAAAAAAAACCCUUAAAGCUCA